AUGGUAGCCAUACACCCAGUCCAUCACCCUGGUGCACCAGUCGACUUGCUCGCCCGUUGCCCCGACCUUCUCAUCGUCUCCAUCCUUGAAACACUCCCCAAGCAUGACCUCUGCAGCGUGUCGCGUCUGAACAAGCGCUACCACGCCCUCGCUGAUGCCGUACUGUACAAUACAGUGCAAUGGCUAAAGCCAGAGCUUCAUCUCAUCUUCAGCCAAUCGUUGAGCCGUCGUCCUCGUCGCGGUUCAGCGAUUGAAGAAGUCAAGCUAGCGUAUCCAGCGUCAGAGCUCACACGUCUCAUCUCUGACACGCUGGAGCCCAUGAACAAUAUUUCUCAAACAAUUUCCACAAUGUCCAAUCUAAAGACCCUUGACAUUGCUGUUCCUGUCGGGCUGCUACCCAGUAUAGGUAACCUGUUCAAUGGUCCCUUCGAUCUCGCUUGUCUGCAGUCCUGCACCCUGUUUUACCAGGAUGAGGAAGAUCAGUACUGGGAUCUACAAGAGAAUAUCCACAUAUUUACACAUCCUACCCUCGAGACGCUUGUCAUCAAGAGGGCAAAGCUGGACGACCGGGGCUUUGAACCAAUUGAGCGUCCCCACAACACAGCUCUAAAGACACUGCACCUGAUAGAAUGCGAUAUUAACGAUGAUACACUUUCGGAUGUUUUGAUGUUUCCCGAAGCCUUGAAGGAAUUUGUUCUUACCCAAAGAGAAGAACCCGAACCAGAGCUUGAUGAAAGUUCGAGUAGCAUUCGGGAUUAUAUGAUGGCUCUGAAAGAGCAGUGUCAUUCAUUGGAGACCAUCACAAUCGAUUUCCCCAUGUUGGCCAGUGGGAGAGCACUCGCUCUGAGAGAGUUUGUCAAUCUCAAGACACUGCGGCUGAAUUGGGAUUACCAACUCUUUGGAAAGUCGACCAAAAAGCCACGGUUACACUCGGUUGGCUUACCGCCCGAAUUAGAGACGCUAGAGUUCUUUAACCCUCUCGGUACCGACGAAGAAGUGACAGACCUACUGGCAAAUGCAAUCCAGAGUCUUCACAUUACCUGCCGGAAAAUGAAGGAGUUGAUUGUUCUUGUUGAAGAAACAGAGAUACCUAAAGUGGUGUUGGAGGCGAUCAAGUCACAAUCACAGUUACAUUUGAGUGUUAUUGGCGGAGAAGAAGAUAGAGAUGACCCUGAAUAA